UGUGGUACUCUAAUGGUUUCUUGCCCUGGGGGUAUCUCGAAAAUCUCCUCCGUGACCCCCGAUGCAUCCUUCGCACCGGCGAAGUAAAGUACGUUUAUCUAUUUUGUGACCACAGUGAAUGAGACGCAAUUGGUACAAUAUAUUUGCAUAAGACACAUACCGAACGGGGGCUUGCCAUGUCUUCGGGUUGCUGUCAAGACGGAUGGUGACGGCGGCUGGGACCAACCAUGCUCAACCUCUAGUAGGACGCGUUCAAGCUUUCCAGCCAUUUUCCGUCCAUCACCUUGCAAUGAUAACCUUCAAGACCUGGACUGACGAAAGCUUCCACCAAGCAAUCAAGCUGCUCCGGUGGUGCCCCAACAAGGACUUACUGGCGGUGCUUUAUGAUACAAAUGAAGUGGACAUCUUUAGAGUCCCUUGGGAGCGAGUUUGUUCUAUCCCGCAGCUCCGUUCUGGGGCCCAAACAGAGACAGUGGCUUGGCGAUCGGACGGCAAAGUGAUAGCUAUAGGAUGGGAUACUGGAUCUGUGCAUCUUUUCGAAGUUGAGUCUGGUGCGGCAUUGCACGUUUUCAACGCCGACCACUGUCAAAUAGUUUCCCUGGAAUGGGUGCGCCAAAAGUUUCUGGGGAAAUGCGGCAGGCUUUUCGCUGGACUACCCGCAAGGGCUCUUGGUCGUUUACCCAGUUUGAUGUCAAGUACUUCUAAUAGAGAUUUGGCCGAUGCAUGUUGGAGUGCAGCGAAUAACGAUACAUCCGAACUCGACAUGCUAAAUGUGUUAGACGCGGACACUACAGUUCAACUUAGCAUUGCAGGUCGUUUGCCGGCGGGUGUUAUAGCACUGCGAUCUUACACCGAGCUGAACUUGAAAAAUCCCAGUAUCGCCCAUAUUUGGUCAACUUCCGAUCUCGCGUCUACAUUUGUUCUUGUCGCCGACAACGAUCCUAUUACCUCAUUACGAGAACUGUCACUUAUACAAUUCGAUCAUCGAUUACUACUGGAACAUAGAGAAGUGCUGCGAUCAGUAGCGUCUCACCUAGCCCAAGUGGACUCCUUGGUAGAAUAUCUCGACACAGCUCUCCAAGCCAUGCAAAGGGAGAACGAAACAAUAAUGAAAGAAUCAGACGGUCAACUGAAAGCCUUCAACAACAUAAUAGAGGAACACGGUGUCGAGUCAAACUUACGUGGGGAGCUGCUCCAUCUUCUUUUGUGUGGAAUCCCAAGUAUGAUUCUUGAACAAUACCUCACCCAAAAGUUGAACCACAACCAAGCUCUUAAAGUUUGGCAAAAAACAUUCGAUGCUGGUUACCAAAGUCUGCAAAGGCUAUCUUGCCUCCAUAUCAUGCCAGCGGUAGAGCGACUCCUCAUGCACUUGGAUGAGCUCAAGGCAAUAGGGACAUGGGGACACAACUUUGGGGUUUUGGAACUAACGAGGAGCGCGAUCGAAGAGUGCAUUGACUCUUGCCGCGGACUUGCAAUGCGUGUAAACUCGCUACAGUUGCGCACCCUUGACGCGGCAGACCACUUCGGAGAGUUCAUCAAGUGGCUCAAUACAGUUUGUCAAAAUCUUGAACAUGAUAUUGGAUCUGAGCAUAUCACACCUUUAGUUGAAGCGGCGAACAUUAGCAAGGUGUCAAACUACAUCCGGAACCACCUCAUCUCUGACCCCUUUCACGAGUUCUUUGAUUCUGCGGCCGAUGCCUCAGAAAGUCUCGUAGGUGCUACAGCUGAUGAGGUUGUAAAGGAACCACAAUUGCCACGGCUAUUCCAGAACCUAGCUUCGAAUGCCACGAAGAUUUGGCCUGUGACACAUACGCUAAACUGGAAACCAGUCGCACUUGCUGGCUGCAUCCGACUAUGCGAGGUAGUUGAUGACUCAACAUCGAGCGAUGUCGGCAUGACCCACUUCCUCUCAGCGAAGUACUCACGAGAGGUAGAGGGACUGCGCUAUAUAGCCUUAAGUAUUCGGCACAAUAUUGGUGACCAGACAAUUCCUCUGUUCUGGGUUAUACGACACUCCGCGACGACUACUUCAUUGCCUGAGUCCCGAACACCGAAACCAUCAGUGUAUCAAACGUACGACCUAGACGUUGCUUGCGUUAGACUUGCUACCGGCGAUGGAAAUGACGUUAGCGUCGAGUUUCAUGAAAUCUUUGACGAUGACAUCGCCAUAAUGAUUCACAGAAGUCGGACAGCUACCGGCAUCGCAGAGUCAGAAUCGCAGGUAUCAACAUUGCGAUAUCGCGAUCUGGAGUUUUCUCGGGCGUCGACAUUCUAUGACGGAACCGAGAAAAUGAGUAUUCUGAAUGCAUAUAUCCAAACCAUUACGCUCGAUAGAAUACCUCUGAUCCCUGUGGAGGCCAGUGCGGCAUUAGAGACCGAUCCUCUCUCUUUAACAUCUAAUGGUCCACGAGGCACAGUUGCUCUACUGGGUACAGAUAGGAAGAAGAUAUCCAUUUUGCUGCAGAGCGACUCUGACGAAUAGAACUGAAAAUAUGAUCUAUUGUAUUUAAUCUUUACGCCCCUACGAUAUCCCACUG